AUGCUUUCGGGCCAUUCGUCUUCUAGUUUUCAGUUCUGGAAAGGUUCUGCAGCGCCACUCAGUGCUGCUGCGCACACGCCAGGAUCCGAGAGUUCGAGAGAAGUCCUGAAAGAUUGGAGUAGGAGUGGGAGUACAGAGGAGUUCGGUGCGGACUUGGGACUUCGUGAGGCCUGCGAGGAGGCAGAAAUGGAUGCUACCCAAGAGCUCCGUGCGCUGACGUUCGCCGCUAUCGUGCCGGCUUACUUUGAGGUGAAUCGCCAGAUCAAAGGCCGUCAAACCAGCGAUUUGGCUUCAGCCCUGGCGCAGCGGGAUCGCUUACUCGAGGCAAAAGCGGAGGGCUGGCCUGCAUUGAGACGCGAGUGGAUGGCCAUCAUGCAGAGCCCGACCGAGGUAGGUCAUAGAAGUUACAGUGCCGAGGAAGCAGCGAACAUCGCCGACUCCGCUUGGGAUGCCGGGACCGCCUCAAGGGCGAGAGCAGAGGCCAAACGCGCUGCCAGGAAUCCAAAACGGCGCGAGCGAGAUCGAGAGGUCACGAUCGAGCAGGCUGCCAAGGCAGUAGCUCGAGCACUCAAGGCCGAGGCCACAGCGCCGCCGCCAAAACGGCGAAAGCAAGCUGCAACUGCGGUCUCCAGCGAUCAAAAGGUCAGCAAUGGCACCGUUCUGCACGCUGCGGACUCCGAAGCUGCUUCCCUCUGCUUUCAAUCAUUCCCAAAGGGCUAG